CGUGUGAAACGUCAAUAAGUCCCAAUUUGGGUGAAAAUAGCGUGUAAAAUAAAGAGAGACAGUUAGAGAGAUUAAAAAUACAAUGGGAAAGGAAAAAGAAAAAUCAAAGAACACAAUGACAAAUUGAGACCAAUUUUAAUUUUUUUUUUAAAUUUUAGGGAAGGAAUUUUCGUAAAUCUUUGAUUUUUUUGUUGGAUUUUUUUCAUUUAAUUUUGAUUUAGUGCUUUAUUAAAUGCAAUUAUUGGCAACAGAAGAACUUUAUCUUAUCAAGUCUGUAAAUACAAUAUUAAAAUGUUGUCGAAAUACUUCAAAUCUUUCUAUAUUUUAUCAUUCAGGUUACACAUUUUUUUUAAUAUUUUUUUUAUUUUCUUUAGAUAUAAGUGCACUUGAAGAUCUUGAAUUAAUUGGAGAUGUUUUUGCUUUUAUUGGUUAG